UGAAAUGGGAAGGAAGUUUUUAAUUGCUGAUUAUACUUUCUGAUAUUGCAGUAUCUACAGCGGCGCUUCCAGUCGAGAGCUGUACAACUUCUCGGCAUGACAAUGAGCAUGCUCCAAACGCUGUUAUAUGUUAGCAUCGUCCUAUAUUCCCCAGCCCUAGCGCUUGAAGCAGUUGCUGGAAUUCCAAUAUGGUUAUCAAUCGUAGUUAUAGGAAUAGUAGGAACUGUUUACACCGCUAUUGGAGGAAUGAAAACUGUGAUAUGGACGGAUACAUUCCAGUUUGUUAUGCUGUAUGGUGGCCUCACCGUGAUUCUUGUACUGAGUAUAAAGGAAAUAGGAAGCUUAUCCAAAGUUUUUGAAUUGUCGUCGAAAGGUGGUCGGAUGAAAUUUGAUGAGAUAAGCCCAGAUCCUCGUGUACGCCAUACAGUGUGGGGAUGUGUUAUUGGUGGUGUGUUUAACAUGCUGCCAAAUUGUUUUAACCAGUCAUCAAUACAAAGGAUUUCUUCCGUAGAAAAAGCAAAGGAUGCUAAAAUUGCCACUCUUCUAAAUAUACCACUGGCGCUAACCUUCAAGUCCAUCCUUAUAUUGACUGGACUGGUGCUUUAUGCGUACUUCGUUAAAAAAGCAUGUGAUCCGGUAGCUAGCGAACAGGUGUCAAACCCGAAUCAGUUGAUGAUAUAUUUCAUCAUGAAUACGUUAAACGAUGUACCAGGACUGGCUGGGAUAUUUCUUGCAGCAGUUUUCAGCGGAGCUUUAAGUACCUUGUCUUCCGGUAUCAACUCAAUGGCUACAAACGCUCUUCAGGAUAUCCUGGGUGAUUACUUGAAAGAAGCGUUGCAGAGUAAAAAGACAUUCAUUCUAAAACUAUUAGUUCUGGUGUAUGGAAUACUGAGUGUUGUAUUGGCGUACCUGUCUCAGUAUUUGACAGGACCUGUGACACAGAUGUGUGAUACAGCUUUUGGUGCAGCCGGUGGUCCAGUUGUUGGAAUAUUUUUCCUGGGUGCUGUUUUUCCACAGGCUAACAAAAAAGGUGCUUUUGCGGGCGGAAUCUGUGGUAUUGCUCUCAAUAUGUGGAUAGCUCUUGGUUCCUUUUUGUAUAGAAAGAAAGCUCCAUUGUCAAAGCCAGUCACUAUAUCCGGGUGCAUCCAAAAUGAAACGGACUUACCCGAGUUGAACUUAACACUGACAACAGAAAGGAUUUACAGUUCAACGACUGACACCUCGUUUUAUCGUUAUUUUAAUGAUACUACACCGAUGGAUAGUCUCAAGCAAGUAUCAGUUAUUAACAUCUGA